AGCAAAACAUAUAACCUCAUACAUCACUCACUCAAUCUUAGUUUGUAUAACGGUACGAGUAAUGGCUACCAAUGUGUUCGGCAAGCCUGUGACAGAGGGAACUAGGACGGAGAGAGCACUCGAGGCUUUAAACAAUCCAAACGUAGAUGGAAAGCGUGAUGUGGCGCUAGCCUAUGUUAGGCGACUAAAAGCAAACUGGGGGAAUGGAGUUUCCACACUAGGUAUCUUUUAUAAUGCUACGGGUGAGACCUUGACUUUUACUCAAGAAAACUCGUCGUAUGGGCAGAUCGAGGGUCCGUAUCCCACCAGGGUUCAGAACGGCCAGUGGGGUGCGUUUUUUCAUACCAAAAAACCUGUUGUGGCUUCUGGCUCUGUUGGGUUUGUGGUAUAUCGUGUCAGGGUCAGUGAUACAACGGUCUGCAACCCGCUAAUUGCUUGGUCAGUCCCGUGGAGCCAAGUGAGCUAUAACAAUCAGGCCUAUUGCGACGUCUUUGAUGAGGGAAAGGUUGAUUCCACUGAGAAGAUCUACCAGAAGAUGGAGGAUGUUGAUAGCCGACAAUAUGUUUCUAUUAAGUUAGGAAUGAUGGUGACAUCACAAAUUGAGACGGGCACUUCUCCUGUGUACGAAGCAGAAUUUACCCGUGAAGAUGUUGCAGCCAAGAAGAAAAUUGCAGACCAACAAGAUGUUGAAGCUUCACCAUCUACUUAAUUAAUAAAAACUGCAAUAGUAAUCAAUAAAUAAAUAAAUAAUUCCACGUGUUUGUGGUGUCGAUGUUACAAAUAAAUAUGCACCUUAUAUACAUACAUACAUGUAUAUACUUUGUGCAUAAAUUAAGCCUGUUUUUAUCUUGUCAUAAGAAAUGUAGUCUUGUUCUGUUUGCUUAUAUAUUUGAAUAAGAAGGAUGUACCUUUUAUUAUUCCUU